GCCAACUCCAACUCGCUUGAACUGCGCCCUCAGCCUUUGAACCAGACAGACAUCAACGUCAACCUUUCCGCAUCGUCGUGUGGCCUCAUUAAUUCACUCCCUUUGUUGUCAUUCAUCCUCAACCCAUCCUCCUCUCGCAAAUAAAAAAGUGGCACACUCUUUUGCCCUUUUCGCUUUUCCCUUUUCUUUGUGUCAUUGUCAUCUAUUUACCAUUUCCCGCGUCCAUCCGUUGGUUUCUUCUUGGAGUUUGCGGUUCAUGUCUUUUCUCAUUUUCAACCCUUUCACAACUUUCUAAUCCUCUUUCCGAUCGCUCUCCCUCUUCCUUGCGACAGACUCCCCCUUCUUCGCCAUGUCGACCGUCCCUACCAAACAAUGGGGCAUCAGCGCACCCAUAUCAACCGCCCUCCCCGAGCCCAGAGACAACGAAAAGACGGCUGAAUUGGUGGAAGAGUUGAAGCGGGAGAACAACUAUGAGACUCAAGAGGAAACCAAGAAGAGGAUGGCCACCCUGAGUCUCCUCAGCAGAGUCACUCAAGAGUUUGUACGUGAGGUCAGUCGAAGACAGCGUCUGCCUGCUGCCCAGAUUGAACAAUUCGGCGGCAAGAUUGUUCCCUACGGCAGUUACAGACUAGGUGUCUUUGGACCAGGCUCGGAUAUCGAUACCCUCGCCAUCGCCCCACGACACAUCACUCGCGAUGACUUUUUCGAAUAUUAUCCCUCCAUCUUGCAGCGCAUGGCUGGUCCUGGCGCCGUCACCUCUCUGACCGCCGUGCCGACCUCGUUCGUUCCCAUCAUCAAGUUAGUAUUGAACGGUAUCGAAAUCGACUUGAUCUUUGCGUCUAUUCCCAGCCUGGCCACCAUCCCCAAAGAUCUCAGUCUCAGCGAAAACUCGUUGCUGACCGGCAUGGACAAUCAGACGGUCAAGUCCAUCACCGGCCCACGUGUCACCGACGAGAUUCUUUCCCUGGUCCCUGAGCCAAAGACAUUCCGCACUGCAUUGCGAGCAAUCAAGUUGUGGGCACAAAGACGGGCGAUCUAUGCCAAUAUCGUGGGAUAUCCUGGUGGUGUGGCUUGGGCCAUGCUGGUGGCUCGCGUCUGUCAACUCUAUCCCCACGCGGUCGGCGCGACAAUUGUGGACAAGUUCUUCUUGGUGAUCAAGGAUUGGAGAUGGCCUGCCCCGGUCAUGCUCAAGGAUAUUGAGCCGGUCAAAAACCCGGAACAGAACAAGCAUUUGAAGGUGUGGAACCCGACUCUGUACCCGGGCGAUCGACACAACAUCAUGCCCAUCAUCACACCCGCCUUCCCGAGCAUGUGUGCGACGUACAACAUUUCCAAGUCGGGAAAGACAGUCAUUCUGAAAGAAUUGGAGAGAGGAAGCGUCAUCACCACAAAGAUCUUUGCAGGCAAGGCACAGUGGAGCGAUUUGUUCCAGAAACACAGCUUCUUCACGUCCGACCACAAAUACUAUCUUGCUGUGACAGCCAGCGCCCGUAAUGCAGACGAGGCCAAAUCGUGGGCAGGCCUGGUAGAGUCCAAGGUUCGAAUCUUCAUCCAACGACUUGAAGGAGUGCCCAAUAUCACCCUAGCGAGACCAUUUACCAAGGGUUUUAAAAGAGUCCAUUCGUGCGAGAAUGAAGCCCAGAUUCGCGAGGCGCAGAAGGGCAGCAUCAAGUACAAGGCGGAAGAAACCAAGGCUGUGGAAACCACCGACCCGGAGCUGGUGACCAACGGGGCUGGCUCAGCAGUGCCUAAUUCUCAAAAUGGUUCAGGCAGCGUGGUACAGGAAUUGCAUACCGUCUACACCUACACAUUCUACAUUGGGAUUGAUGCUGUGCCAAAGGCAAGCCUCAACCUGGUGCCGGCGUUUACGAGUUUCAAGAACAUUUGCGAAGAGUCGGACUUGUUUCGCAAGGAUGUUCACUUUCUGACGCUGGCAUCGUUCAAAAAUUGGGAUCUCCCGGAAGACUUGUUUGAUACGAAGUCUGGCGAAACGAGACCUUCGAAACCAGUCAAAAAGACCGUCAAGCAGGAUCAAAGCGACUCCAAGGUGGCACGAAGCAUCAGUGAGGUUGAGGGCUCGCAGGAGAACGGCAAUACUGCCAAGCGACAACGCUUGAUGAACGGAUCUGCCACCCCUACCCCAACAGCGACAGCGACAGCAACUCCCGCGUAAGACCUUGCGUGAGAGACUGCAGAUUGACUAGAAUCAUGAUUGGGCGGAGAGUCGUCCCCAACAUAUCACCUUGAUGAACCAACUCGGUCGUUUAUGGUUUCGGAUAUAAAAUGCAGGAAAUUGUCAAAAAAGGCGAAAAACACAAAACAUAAAACCCACGGGCCCCAAUCAGAGAUUUGCCAUUACAGAUGGAGCACUUUUCAAAGGGAAUAAUGGUGGUGCGCAGACACUACUCUGAUUGAGUACAGACCCAGAACCAGCACAAAUGGCAUCAGAGCCAACCGUGCAUGAAUCGGACAGAGGUCGACGCAGUGUCAAGGGCCAAGCACGACGAUGAAUCGAGACAUGACUAGUUGCAGCGAGAGGGGAACGCAGUUCAGCCAGAAGCGGUGAAUUUCUGUCACAAGCACCAGCCUCGGUGACUGGUCGUGAUAGAGGUGCAGAUUGGCCUGUCCUAUUGCUGGGAGUACUGGCUUGGUGUACAUUGAUGAAGAAGCAAGGGAGAAAGUGUGGAGGGGAUGCAGAAAAGAGACAGUCCGGGUCAAGAUUGACAACCCUUGUGAAAGAAAGGGUGGGGUGGCAUUAGUUUUCGGUAGUGUCAAUAUGUGGACAGAUUGUGACACGAAAUAAAAACAUAUUCAGCUAA